UGAGUGCUAGAGACUGAGCAUAUUGUCAUGUCAUUGGAAGUGGAAUCACUGGAAUAAGUCAAGCGUCAAAAGUGAAUUAAAAUGUCCUUAUUCUCGAACUGGAAGGAACUCUUCCCCUCUCCUCUCAUAUUAUAAGCGUGGAGGUUCUAGAACAUCCUUCCACCCACAUGAUCUUUCCUCUCCUUCACAAACACUUCCAAGUUCUCGAAUCUUUUUAUUCUUCACCACUUUGAUAAUAUUUCUUCAUUUGAAUACACAUCCUUCAUGAUGUGUCAAUUCGAAUAUUUUCAAUAUCAAAAAUGUGGUCACAAAGCUAUUGAAAUCUCCGGAUUUUGUAAUGUAGUUUUCUGGAGAGCAGGCAUGACAUCUCACCUCACACCCUGUCCCGAACAAAAUUUCAGAGCAUUUUUCGUCAGAAUCGGUACCUUAGAUGGUUUGGAUUUUGGUACUUGUAAAUGGAUCGGACUAAGUGGAUAUUGCAAGAUGUGUGAAGAAGAAUCUCAUGUAAGUGCAGUCAUGUGGAUUUCCUGUAUAUGCUUGGUCGAGGUCAUAGACCGAAGGACUAGCAGCUAUGCGUAGGUGUCUUAUAUAAAGUUGAAUGGAUACCACGAGUAUUAUCAUAUCAUUAAUUUCUUGCAGAUGCCAAAAGCCAUUCCCUACCGCACAUAUGAAGACUAUGAGUUUCUUGAAGGUAUCGGGGAUCUCACCGGCGCUAUCUUCGCAGUCAAAUUAGCUGAACCGAUCACAUACCCUCCUCCAUCUCAAUCGAUACAAUAUUCUUCUACUCCAAACGAAUUUGUCACUAAAGAAAUCCUAGAAAAGGAGAUAGCCAAACCUCCAACCCCACCACGUGAGUGAACCGGUCUUUCAACUCAGUACCUUUGAAUGCUUCAGCUUUUAGAUCAUUCCUCGCUUUUUAGUGUUUGGUCAAUUUACCCUCUCUUUUCAAUGAAUUUCCUCAAAAGUAUUAACAUCCCCGUUUUGUAGAUGAAGCAACACCCGCCACUGGAGAAAACCUGUUGUCGCGUAGACUCAAGACUUCAUUGCACCAUCCUUAUAUUUUCACCCCCUAUAUUAAAAAUACAAUUGCAGCUUUGAUCUCGGUCGAAGACCAGAACAUCUCGACUUUGCUAUCGAUUCAAAACAAGGAUAUUCCCGAGGGAGCUCUAGAAAAGGGCACCAUAAAAGAAUUGCGAGAAUUGUACUUUCCGGCAAAGCUUCAAAUGUACGAACUUAACCAAGGUGUCGAUGGUGUCACUGAUCAAUGGAGGAGCCAAGGCUAUUAUGAUGGCCGAAUAUUAGAGGGUUUACCACCAAGCCAGUACUUUUGGGACCAUGUAGGAAUGACCCCUGGGGAUGAGCAGUAUCUCGUGGAUAGGUUAAAGGAUGGCAUACCAUUACAAAUUGUCUGGCGGUAAGUAAGUUCGACGCAUUCCCUAAUUUUGGUUGUUCUUACUUAUCUGAACAUCCACUCCCUUGGUUCGAGUGCAAGACUUAGGACUUCAAAAGCUGACCGUCCCUCUCAUAGAGAGAAGUUCAAGGAGAGAGGGAUGGACCUCCCAAUGUUUUACCAAUACGGCCGAAAGCUGGAGGAGCACUUUCAAUGUCGUGUUGUGCGGACGAACUCAAGGAUGGGAAAGAUCGGAAAAGAACUCAGUGAACGAUCCCAAGCAGCCGAUGGUAUUCAACCAUUUGGUACAUAUCAACAAAAUUCGAGCAGUGGUUUGCAGCCCAGCCGAGAAUCAUCACUGCGUCAGAUUAAUCCUUUUGGAUAUAGCUUAGAUGACCUCCGCCAACAACAUCUGCAGCAGCAAAUGCAACAAAUACAACUACAGAGAAUGCAACAGAUGAUGGAGCAGCAGAUGAUUCGACGGCGCAUGAUUCAACAGCAGCAGGCUCAGCAACAAUUGAUGUGGCAGCACCAAAUGCAGCAACAGCAGGUUGUCAGCAAGGAGAAGGGACAGAUAGCGGUCGUAGAGGAAGUCGAGAUAGUGGAGACAUCAGGCAGAGGUUUUCUGAGGAAAGAUGGGGGCGGAGCAAUUUGA